CUCACAUUUUGUACCCCAAGAAUGAUCGGCGUCUCCAUGUACUCAAUACAGCCUUUGUGGUUGGUGUUAAGUGUGCUAUCUUCACCAGCGGUCGCACAAGGUAUACUUAAUAGUGUCGACAGCCAAGAUGGAGAUGGCGAAUCAGAGUCAUCUUCAACGACGCAAAAUGUUUCCUCUAAAGGAAUGAUUAUUUUGUGCACCAUCGUGGCAUUGGUGUUGGUUAUCGGUGUGUUAUUCACCGUUGUGUUCAUUACCGUAAAGAAGAGGAGCUCGAAGACACCAAAGACAUCCUCCUUACCAGAUGAAGCAGCCACAGAAAUCACGGAAAGAUCGUUGAGUGGCAAUACACCGACUGAAAGGGACGGAUCUAGAUCCGAUACUCUGAAACACGAAGAGAUUCAACCAGAUAUAGAGAAGAAUGCUGGCGUUGAUCCAAGCCGACCGCACAGGAAUACUUGGAUGAAGCAAAGAGGAUGGGGAUCCUACUUUUCUUUCGGGCGCGCAUAAAGUCGUCUCACAGGAGCGAUCCAGCCAAAAAAUAUAUUUGAUUGAGAGCAGCUCAGCGUGAUGGCUUUCUUUCCAGUUAUUGUAUUUUUCAUAUUCUUUCUUGUCGUGCCAUCAUCCCCCCACCCCUUGAUGUACCUUUGGAGG